GCCUGAAAUCGCCACCACGGAGCGCGCGACUCGUAUCCAUACACACAACAGCCAUUAGCAUUUGCCCGCAGCUAAUCAGGGCGUCAUGACGCUUCGUAGCACGUACGCCAGGUUUCUGGCCACUCCCUCGACUGGCGCGCUGGCGGAGAACGCCGUGCUGCACUACGUCGCGACGACGACGACCAUCAGUGACGCGACGGUCAUUAUCAAGCACCUGUCGGCCCAGGAGAAGCAGUUGAAGAAGACGAAACAGACGAUUCUCGACGCCAUCGAAGGCCCCCACGGCCUGAGCGUCGAUGUUGAGACGACGAUUGAGUUCAACAGCGGCGGCGGCGCAUACCUCCCUGGCCUAGACGACAACUUUGUUGCAGACCGAAUCGCCACCUUUCCCAUGGUGCACAUGGUCCACUUUGACCAGGCCGGCAAAAUCACUCAGAUUCGCCAGUACUGGGACCAGGGCUCGCUCCUCAAGCAGAUCGACGUCAUCGGCGCGCGGUCGCGCAACUGGCCUAUUCGCGACGGCAGCGAGCAGAUCCGCCUCAUUUCCACCAACGCUGCUGCUGGCCCCCAGUCCGAGUCUGCAUAUUCUUCGCGCCCCACGACGGCCGCUUCUCGUGGCGCAGAUGAGGUGUCCAUCUCGUCGCGUUCGCGCGGUUCGACAAGCAAUGCCAUGAACGACCCGCACGCCUCGCUCUCGCUAUUUGCCCCUCGCAAGCCCGACGAAGAGUCAACGUACACAUCGCAGCCGAUUGCACCGCGCGCACAGUCUGCCAAACCUCAGCCACGAGAGUACUCUGAGUUGUUUGCCGCUGCUGACGAAGGCACGCCUUCGCCCACACCUCAGAAGAUCCCGGCCAAGGCAGGCAGUGAAAAGCACUACAGCCCCAACCGCUUGUUUGAGGACAACGACAAGGACGCGGUCGGCCGUACGCCCACCAGCGUCAAGACAAACUCAAAGAAGUACGACCACUUCCAGUUUGGCGAUGAUGAGGAUACACCAAAGACGCGCGAGGCUCUGCGGCCAAGCAAGCAAAGCCAGAACCGCAGCAAGAAUGCCGCACACUGGGACUUUGAUGACUUUGCUACCCCUGACAAGACCAAGCCCAAGAUGCACCCGCAGGCGGUUCGACACUUUGGCUGGAGCGACGAUGAGGAGGAAACGUCACCUGCCCGACGACCGGUAGUGCACCGGUCUCGUCCUGACGCAAACGCGCACUUUGAAUUCAGCGAUGACGCCACACCUGAGGGGCAGCGCGGACGCCCGACCAAGGGCGGGCGGAACAAUCUGUACGCGGACCAUGUGACGAGCACGACGGACGAGGGCCGCGCGCUCAACGACGUGACGAGCGCAGCCAGCAACAAGAACCGCAGCAAGGACAUUGGGGCGCAGUGGGAACUGACGGACAGCAGUCCGGGCCUGGGCAAGAACCAUGGCAACGCCAAGAACCAGGCGGUGCGCAGCUCGAUGAAGACGCACUGGGGCACCCACGCCGAUUCCCCCGAGAACCGCGGCAUCAACAUUGCAGGCAACGGCAUGGGCGGCCGCAAGGGCACAGAGGCCGCGUGGUCGCUGUAUGACGAGAGCCCCGCCAAGAAGGAAAAUAGCGGUGUUACUGGUGCUCACGCCGGCAUCAAGACCGAGGGCGAUGGCAUGGGCGGUCGCAAGACGGCCGAUAAGUCGUUUUGGGAUUUCUAAAUAAGCGUGUGCGAAAUGGGCGAGAUAAUAAUGCCGGAAUUGGAUUGAUCAAUUUUGCGCUCUUUGUUUUUUUUUCUUCCCUUCUUCUUCUUCUUCUUCUCCCGCACAAACACUUAACGUGGGAUAAAAAAUACCAGUUUUGCUGCUUGAGCGUUUUUUUUUCUCUGACUUCUUCUUGUUCUUGUUCUUGUUCUUUUCUUCUCCUUUCUUGUUUCCUGGUUCCUGGUCAAAUCUCCUUUGGUCUGUCUGUCAAUUUCUCUCUCUCUCUCUUUUUGAUCUCUCUCUAUGGAACGAUAAAAUAUUC